CGCUUUUUAUUCAAUCAAGUUCUUUCGCUGACCUGCCCGACGCAUGGCGGACGGGGUGGAGCUCGUGGACCCGCCGGCCGCGCCCGAGAGCGGGGCAACGUGCCCCAUCUGCAUGGACACGCUCGGAGCGCCCAUCAACGUACGCGUGACGAAGCGCCGCAAGAAGGUCCAGGUCGCGGACGAGGACUCCUGGCGACUCCGCUGCAACCACCAGUACUGUGUCGGCUGCCUCUCGGGCUGGAUCGAGAGCAAGGUCAAGGACCGCGCGGCGCCCAUCACGUGCUGCAACACGGACUGCAAGCGAGAGAUCCGCCCGAGCCACGUCGCGGCCGUCAUCUCGCCCGAGCUCUUUGAGCAGUUUAGCCAGCUUGUGACGGUCAAGGCCACGGAGGACGAAAGCCUCUACUGUCCCAAUAAAGAGUGCAGCCAAAUGUUUCUCAAGCCUGCGAUCCGAGCGGGACAGGAGCAGACGUCGUGCCCGAUCUGCAAGACCAAGAUAUGCAUCCGCUGUCAAGUGGGCUGGCACGACGGUCUUACAUGCGACGCGUACAAGCGCAUGGUGGACGCCGGCGGCGACCUCGAACAAGCCCAGCUCAUGGCGCUGAAAGAGAAGAUGAGCUGGAAGCAGUGUCCCAAGUGCAGCAUGCUUGUCGAGCGCUCCAUGGGCUGCAACUUUAUGCGUUGCAAGUGCGGCGAACACUUUUGCUAUGCGUGCGGGGUCCCCUACGAAACACGGGUCCCGAUCCCGAACAACCCCCACGGAAAGUCUGGCUGCAACUGCGCGUUGUUUCCACCCGCCGCGCCGGUGGAGCGCGCUGCCGCCGCGCCAGUGGACCGCGCUGCCGUUGCCCGAGAGCGCGAGCAAAUCGCACAACGUCUCCUUGAGGUCGAGCAAAUGCUUCGCGCUCGGGUUGCCGCCGAGGCCGCCGAACGCGCUGCCGCCGUGCAACGGCAAGUCGUGCAAAGCGUGCUCGACCGCGACGCGCGUGUCCAGCGCCAAGUGGCACAGCUUCCGCGGCACGACCUCGCCCAUGUGGCCCGCGUGGCACAAGCCCAUGGCAUUCCCAACAACUGGCGCGACGUAUUGCCCAAAGUGCCGCACGCCUUUCCGAACGUCGUGCCGGCUCCUGCCAGGCCAAAAGCCAAGGCCAAAGCCAAGGCGGUGCGUCCCAUGCCGCCAGCGCCCAUGGCACUUCGCUCCCAUGCAGCACCGGUCCCAGCGACAAAGAAGAGUCCGGCCAAGGCACACAAGAAGGCCAAGCCAUCGCCCGCUGGCGGUCAUCUCGAUGCUCCAGCUCCUAAUGCCGGCCUUGGAGCGGCCGGUCUUGCGAAGGACCGAUGCUCCUGGGGCCAUCACCAGCGGCUGCGCCGCUAA